CCGUAAACAAUUGCACACCACCUGCGCCCCCAAGAUGCAACGAUAACCCUGCCGUAAACCCCCUCAUCCUCACCACCCGGCAGUCAAUGUCAGGCCACAUUGUGUAUCAUGGUGUGCCGCGCACGCACAAUGAUGACAAUGACAGUCAACCUCGCGCGACUCUGUUCGCGGGGCAAAGGCUAUGGUUCUCUCACGUCAUCCCUCAGCGCCAGCAGAUGAUCCAGAAUGCUCGACUCAAUGGCGCUAUCAUUGUCGACAGAGACACCGACGCCGAUGUGAGGCUUGUUGACCACCUCAGGAAGAACAAUGCGCCAGGAACCCACUCGUACAGAUACGUCGAGCUCUCGAUCCGCAAUGGCCAACUUGAGAAUCUCGCCGACCAUGCAGUCGGAGCCCCUUCACGAGUCUCGCGACCUGUUGGUAGUACUGUCACAGCCCCAAAGUCGGGAAGGACGCCUUUCACUCCAGAGGACGAUCGGUUUCUGUGGGAGUGGAUGAAACCAUUCAUUGACCGCGGAGGAGCCUGGAAAGGAAAUGAGAUCUACAAGCAGAUGGAAGAGGUGAAUCCAAGACAUACGUUUCAGAGUUGGCGGGAUAGAUGGAUAAAACAUACCCAAUUCCAGAAGAGACCCGUCAGUGAGGCUGUUGCUCUUGAAAACUCUCACGUGGAUAAGCCUGCCGCGCGACCAGCUCAUCCUCUACAAAAGAAGAAGCGUCGUCGAGAACUACACGACGAUGGAGAGGAAGAACGGGCCAAACCUGAGUCUGCGCCGAAUCGGUCCACGACAGCCGCGGUUGGCAGAGAUGCAGACAGGCUGCCAGACGCUGUGGCUCCGCAUGGGGAGGGAAGCCGCACCGUGCGAACUUCUCCUGAGCUAUCCAAACGUGCAGGUGAGUUUGACGUCGGCAAAGAGGCGCAGCUUUCGACAAAACCGCAGUCUCCGUCCCGCGGAGCAUUCACCGAAGAGGAAUAUCACGAACUUUACGAGAUGGCAGAGACGUAUGCCGGCUGGGAAUUCGAUGACUUCGACACUCCAUGGGAGGAGCUGGCUCAGCACCGUGGUACCCACACCCCUGCAGAGUGGAAGCAUUUCUUUGUCUCAAGAGUUCUUCCCGACUAUUGUGAAAAUAACAGUUUGACCUUGUCAGAAGUUGCUCCUUAUUUGUCUGGGAAAACCAACGAACAAGUUGUUAAAGCAUCUGAACCGGUCAGCGCCCCGGAAGAUGAUCAAGCAACAUCUGUCACAUCUGACACCCAAGAAGCUUACCAAUGUACGAACUGCUUUACUGUUGGAAGUGUCAAAUGGCGACAUGACAACGAAGGCAAACUUAUUUGCUACGAAUGUGCGAAAUUUAUGAGGAGACACGGCUAUCAUAGACCAUCGACAACUUGGUCAAUUGGCGAAAGUGUCGACAACGGACAAUCGGGCAUACAUGGAAGACCACCACCCGUGACAGAUGCCCAGAACGAUUUUGGCACGCAAGUCAUCCUUCUCGAAGACUCUAGUCUUGCUGGCGGCAGACAGCCGGAUCCUUUGUUGACCACAGAAGGCAACGCCAGCCUUCCAACGCCUCUUCCCCGAGACAACUCUCAAAUUCCACGCCUCAAGCCUCUCCCAUUCCAACCGGAACCUUCCACCACAAGUCGUCCACCUGGGCCCAACGAGUCAAGGAAGAGGCGUGCUGGAGGAGGUUCACAGUCGCAAUCUACGCAGGAAUCGAAUCAAUCCGGUAUUCAGGGUCAGACCCUGAACUACAGUCUCCAAUCGGAGAGUCAAAGUCAAACGGAACCGUCGCAAGAUCUGGCAGCAAAGAUGGGAGAAGCCCAGUCGAAGGAGAGCGAUGCGCAAACACAAUGGUCAACAUGGAGCGCGAGAGACGCAUCACCAAAAGCUGCUGCGGCAUUCCCACUCUCUACAGGAGGGAAACGGAAGCAGCCGCAAGAUGGGCUGGGGGGCACAAAUAUUCAACAGCACCAUUCACUCGGCACUGAGAAUACUGCACCCGGUCCGCCACGCACUCUUCCCACGACAGACUUAAAAUGGGAUGAUGAGCUCUCGCAUCUUACCACCCCCUCUAACCCACCAAAGCGUGUACGAACCGAUCCUGCUUACUCGCCACUCUUUGUUUCAGAACAUCACAACAGCAAUGAGGAGCACGAAUGGAACGAAGGAUCAGAGUUGACUCUGGAUGCGGAUAACAGCGGCUCAGUUGCAUCGUAUCACCACCAGCCUUCUGAACAGUUUGAAACCGCCCAGGAGUCCGUCCAGGAAUAUGAAACAGGACCCGAAGAAUUGCCUCGUGCCUACAAUGAAGGGAGGACCACGGCGGCACUGUUUCAAGACAUCGAAGACAGGCUUGAUAGGGCUCUCGAACUCCCGCAGCCACUGGGCAGGUUCGAUGUAGUUGGCUUCGGCCCAUCUGCGAUGCGUCAACAUGGGAAUCUCAUGGAGAAUGACACGAAUGUCACGAGGGGCAGAGAAAUAACUGAAUCCGGGCACCGUCGGGAUCCCCCGAAACUUGAGAUCAUGACGGAAGACCACAGCUUCUCUGAACCUCCUCUGCUCUUACCUCCUCAUGUUCCGACCUUGGGAUCGUCACCGGCCUCGAGAGAUAUGUCAGGUCCCACGGAAAAUGCCAAGGGUAAAGAAAAACAAGUUGAGGAGCAGACAGAGCAGGUGCAAACCAGAGAAGGUUCUUCACCAGAGCCUGACGGCCACGAAACGGACGAAUGGAUUGCUCUUCAGCGGAGCUUGCACCCACAUGUCCCGAACCUGGAGCCUGUGCUGUUUAAGGCCGUCGAGUCUACCAGCUUCGAUUUCGGACUUGCAAACGAGGUCGUGGAUAUCAUGCUGGCGAACCGUCGUCGUAUAAUGAAUGAGCAGCAAAGACAGAACCGAGUUAGCGGCGUCGGAAGGUCUACUGUUCUACCAGAAGCUGACUUGGAUAUGGAGAGUCUUCUUCCACAGACUAUGCGCGGCGUGUGGACCGAGACGGAUGACUCUCUCCUCCUAAGUCCGGACGAAAGCGACAUGACCAAGGUGUUGAGGAAACACGGACGUGACAUAUGUGAUACUCGCUUCGUGUUUUUAGCGGAGUUUGUGGAGGACUGACGGGAGGAUUUGUGAGGAUCAACAGCACUCAGCAACCUCUGUCGCAAUGGGAACUUGGACCUGCCGAAGCAGAUGAGACACGACCUUGUAGAUCAGGACGGUCAGACGGCGGCCUAGCUGUUGCCUGCGCACCGCAUAUUGUGACAUGUUGAGAUGCACAAGCCGCGAUAUCCUCGAACGGGCCAGAGACAGCAGAGCAGAGCAGAGCAAGGCUAUCAAUUGGCUGGUAUCAAGCGAGAAGUCAAACAGGAAGAGAAGCGAAAGGAAAGAAAAAGAGAAGAAACAGCUAUCACGACAGGAUCUCUGCAGGAACCCAGUGUUCAUGCUUUGGCCGGUGGUAUCCUGAUCGGUUCCAAGGUCGCUUUGCGAAGACUUUGCCUUUUCAUUGCUUCCAGCUCAGUGCUUGCCAGCCUCGUCCACCCUUACUGAGCUCAAUUCCGCAAUGAAACAAGAAACAAUGUAGUUGGCGCUGAAAUUGUUGCGGUGCCGGGCUGCGCAAACCCAGACGAAGAGUAGCCAUUCCCGCCGUAGCUCGGCUGGUCAUCCAAAGCUUGCCUCCC